UUUUCACGCAUGCGUAGUACAUCACGGCGGUCAUUUCCGAAUAUCCAAAAUGGCCGACGGUAAUCGGGAGUUGUCGUACGAAAUUUACUGGACUCGCGAUGAAAGUCUUUACAACAGCGACUCUGAAGGUGUUUUGCAUUCAUACGCCCCAGGAGUUGACCAGCCAGGCAAUAGGAAACCAACGCAGAAAACGAAACACCAGCAACGCAGAGACGUACCCAGCAGAGCUUCACGAGAUGAGAAAAUGAUGGAAGGACGAGACGGGAAACUGGGAAGACACGAAAGACGGAAAGAAAAAGAGACCAAGACGGUGAAAACAGCAUCAAUGGAGGUGACAAAGAGAAACGACAAGCCGUCUUUGAAAGACCUUCGGCCUGAGGACAAAAAGAGGAUCGCCAAUUUAAUAAGAGAACUCGCAAAGGUGGGCGAAGAGAAGGAGGUCAUUGUCCAGCAACUCAACGUGGAGCGACGUUCGUACGAAGACAAAGUCAGCAAGUUGCAGCAGCAGAUGGAGGCAAUCGUACAAGAGAGAGAAUUGACCCAGACGCAAUAUUUGGAAUGCCAGAAGCUCUUGGCGGAGUACCAGUCACAGCUGGCGUCCGAACAAGAGAAGCUUGCCGUAUCAUUGCACCAUCCAGUAUCCCCUCCGAAGUUCAACAUGGUCCCACAGUCGCUUGCAAAAGCAACGUCUGGUAAUCAACCAAAUGGGUUUCAGCCGAGCACACCCAGACCGACUAUGCAACGGCCCAGCACCCAGCAUGUCACCCAAGGUCACCCUAAUGGGUACCCUAGUGCACCCCAUCAAAAUGGGUACAGGCACCCCGGUACCCAUCCUGCUGCACCAAGCCUGAAGCAAGGCAACCACCCAUCAAGAGUUGACAGGAACCGACCCCCGGGCACCCAGCAGUACCUGGUACCCGGCACCCAGUCGCACCACAACCCGGUACCCAGCACCCAGUCGCACCACCACCCAUCCAGCCUGGAUCCCGAAUUUAACCCAACGCUAGCCAGCACCCACAGAUCCCAACCAUCCAACGGCGAGAGCGACAGAAGCUGGGCUGAACCGCAGGCAGCCGGCAGCGGGACGCCUGCUAUGUACGUGUCCUACGGAAACACCGGCGGGUACGUGCUUCGACCGGGGCUCGACACCGAACAGGAGAUACACUUCCCCCAGACGGGUCCGCCAAGCGGCUAUCUCAAGGAUUCGCAAGAGACGCUCGCUUCCAGAUCCCAGUCCGGAGAAUUCAGGCCUCUUCAGCCGGAACUGGAAACGGACUUUUCGAGUCAAGGAAGCCACAACUCUCCGGAGUAUGUGGCUGAGUUUUGGAAACAUCAGAACAGCACCAAACACACAAGAAACACAUUGCAAGCAAACGACCACGGAGAUGGGAUCGGCGUGAACAGAAACCACCAAGGAGAUUUUCAUCCUUUCCAAGAUGCGGUUGCCAGGCAACCAACCUACCAAACCGUCGCCGAGCAACGCCACAGUCUCCUAGAGAAGCAGAGACAUCAGCUGCAUCGGGAGCAAGCUUGGCUGCGACAGAAACUCAAAGAUCAAGAAGAGAUGCUACGCCGAAAACAGAGCCAACUCGAGCUGCACAGAGUACACCAGCUGGCACGGGAACAGCAGCAGGACUACCGCUUGGAAAGAGAAUGGCAGGACUAUGGGAAUGGCAUUGGCCAAACAUCUGACCCGCAGGCGAACAGAACAGAUCCUGAAUGGGAAGAACCGAACCUUUUUAACGGGAUACGUCAAGAAGCGCCCUCUGGGAGCGAGAGUGAUAACGAUGACGUCAUCUCAACGAAUUACCCACCAAGUUUCGCGAAUCACUCGCCAACAAAACACACCUUGGAGAACUCCAUGAGACGAUUAGAUCUUAGUCAGGGUAGACGCCAACGCAGCGCUGACGUGUCAAGCACCAAAGCUGCCAUGGCCACAGGAAAGAGGAAUUUGACUCCGAAGAGCCAAGGAGAGGCGAUUGACGGAUACGCAUCACUGUAUCCCACCAGUCAGCCAAGGCACAAGAUUCAAGGGUCCACGUCAUCACAUUCCCCGUCUACGUCGAGCUCGCCGACGCUCGUUGACCAGUCGACGUCCCCCCUGUACCGGGACCGAAGCACAGUAACCGCGAGAUCCCCCGGGCAAGGAAAUCUCAGUCUGUCCCCCGGUAGAGUCCACGUCACCCUGGCCCCUGCACUUCAACAGAAAACAAGCAGGGAGCAGGCUAAGACGCGGCAUCAACAAAGACUUACCGACAGACGAGCCGUGUCCCUUCCUCAGAGUCCACGAUAUCACAGCGAAGCCUCGGAGAAGAAACGUAACGUAACUCACCUCUCUGAUCUGAUAGCCGAGAUGGAGUCCCCACCCCCACCCAGCGCACCCCGUGCCAGACCGGCGGACGCAACCCACAACACGAGUGUGAUCCGACCGGGUUCCGUCCCCACGCCCGAUUUGUUUCAGGACGACGUAGCGUACACCGACACCGACGCGGAGCUACAGGAAUCCCGAAUUCUUGAAGACGUCUUCUUUUUGUGAGGGUCACUUGCGAAAGAAGCAUUCUUAAUCUUAUUCGUCUUUGUUGUUUUCAGCUUGCAAGGUUUUUUUCCAGAACAAAUCCAGAAAAUUGCUGAACGGUUCUUUGUACAGAAUAUGCAACUUAUGGCCUUCGCCAAAAAAACCCCUAACUUACCUUUUCAAAGGACUUCUUGCAAUCUUUUGGUAAGUUAUCGAUAUUUUUUAUAAAUUCAAUGAACUAUGCAUGUUUUUGUCUGUAGUUUUUAACUGUGCAUACUACUUUCAAGUUUCUACCAUUAUUUACAUUUUUGCAUAUGCAAGGAAUAAAUAGCUAAUAAAUUAUUUGACAUCUUGUA